AUGUCAAAAAAAUUACAACAAUUGGAUAAAGAUCAUUUUUCUGAAUUGAAAAAUGUGGAUACAAGUAAAUCACAAAAAAAACUAAUGAAAAAAACAAGCGAUUGUCAUGGAUAUACUGAGAAAUCAAAAAAAAUGAAAAAGGCAAAAGAAGCCCGUGAAAAUCAUGAAGCAUUCCGUUCAAAUUUAGUGGCAUCGUACUCUAAAUAUUUAGAUUCAGAAGACAAUUUUGAUGCUGAUACAGACACAUUUUUGAAAUAUUAUUUUUUCAUUACGCAAGGUGCCGAAGCUGACACUAAAUACUUGGCCCCUAUCGAUCCACGAGUAGUAAAUGGUAUUAUUGACCGGCUACCCAAAGAAUUUCAAAAGUCUCCAUUUCUGCCAGAAUUUAAAAAUGAAAUAUUCAACGAAUGUUAUUUGAAAUCAAUGAAAGAAGCUGUUGUAGCAUACUCAUUGCAUGAUGUAUUUGCUACUCGUAAUGAAUUACCGGCAUUAGACACUCCACUGAAAAAAGAACUGCGAAAAAAUAGUGCGGUAUGGAAGAAAUCUAUGGUACGAGCCACGUUAUUUCUUCGAGAUAAUUUGCAUCAAGCCAAUCCAUUGGUUUCUGAAAUGAUCAAAAUUUGGCAUAGGGAUUUCGAACCCACUAAAGUAUUUGACUACGCAGAAAUAGCCGGUAGAGGCACAACAAAAUAUGCAUUAUCAGAAUAUAUGGGGCACGUUAGGAAAUGCAUAGCUGAUGCCAGUAUUACAAUGCGUGUUACAUGGUUUCAAACUAUAGAGCAACUAUUUCAACAAUCGAAGCUUAGUCGUUUCAUUCCAAAAAAAGAUAACAUUAAAAAGCAAACAUCAUUUUUCAAUUGUAUUGCAUAUAUUAUGAAAGUUAAAUACCAAGAGUAUGUAUAUAAAAUAAUGCAACAAUUUACUGAAGUCAUGUGCAAUCCAAAAACUAAUCCUGGGUUUGUAACAGAUUUGGUAUAUAGAAAUUCGACACUACAGUUUUAUCCACCUUAUAAAAAAAUUCGCGAAUUUAUAAUGUCUAUUUAUGAUAACAUUAAGGAUAUGGUCUUGAAUUUGGAACGUCUUGAACACAGAUUAUAUAAGCACUAUCCUCAUACUCAAACAAUUCUAAAUGUUGAUAUAGAUAAAAAUAUAUUAAAUAAGUAUGUCAAAGAACUAAGUUUAGUUCUAGAUGAUUAUUGGGUACUGCCAGAGUUAGUUGUACACGAUUUAGAUGAACAUCUUUAUUUGGUCAAUGGACAAGCUCAAAAAGAAAUAAACACAUUCCUAUCUUCAGAGCACACAAUAGACGAAUAUAAGAAAUAUGUGGUCAAUUACCAUACGAUUGCCUUAGAAAUACCUGUCAAUGUUGGUCCAAAAAUAGUAGUUGGAAUUUUUGAAAUACGUCGUAAUGAAACAAUAAAAACAUUAUGUAAACAAGCAGAAAAAUUGAAAAAUAUGGUUAUUAGCAGAAUGACAAAUACUUAUUUAGCAAUAGGGAAAAAACUAAAUGAUGAAUAUGCCGCUUUACAAAAUGUAGCCCUUACUCCACCAGGAGAUACCAGAGAGCUUGUAAAUUUAAAAAAAUAUAUAUCAGAAGUGAAAAAUAAUGUUAUUCCUGAAAUGGAAGAACGGGUAAAAGUGGUGCUCUCUUAUGAAUUGUUUUUAUCAGAUUAUACUAUAUUAACGGGCGUAGAAUUAAAACAAAAUGGAAAAACAUUUCAAUGGAUAGAACAAAUAAACGUUGUUUUUGCGGAAAAUACAAAAAUGAUUGAACAGAAAACUAAACAAUUACAAGAUUUAUUACUAAGCCGUAUAAAUAAAUUUAAAAUUGAAUUGGAAAAUUAUCAAGAUCAAGUUUCGGAGUUUAAGCAAUUUGGAAACAUAGAACUAUUAUCUGUGUAUUUAGACAAAGCAAACAUUCUAGAUGAUAAAUUAACCAAUGCUUUGAAUACUAUAGAUGGGUUUAAUGAGGAAGAAAAGCAUUUCGGAUGGAAAGAAAGUUCAUAUCCUCUUAGAAAAACAGUAGCAGAAGCCUUAACUCCAUUUAAAAAACUUUAUGAUAAUUGUUCAGAGUUUUUAGAGAAUUAUGAUAAAUGGAUGAAUGCUAAAAUAGGAACUUACGAUCCAGAACAAAUUGAGCAAGAUGUUAACAUGUAUUAUCGUAAUAUUGUAAAAUUAGAACGUACAUUUAUUGAUUGCCCUGCUCCUUUAGCGAUUGCAGUAGCGGUGAAACAAUCUGUUGAAACAUUUAAAGAACAUAUUGCAGUUGUUCUAACGUUAGGAAAUCUAGGUUUAAAAGAUCGGCACUGGGAAAAAAUAUCUGAAAUUAUUGGUUUUCCUUUGCAUCCUAAUCAAAAUCUUACAUUGUUAAAAAUUAUGGAUUAUAACUUGGAUGAAUUUGUACCUAAAUUUGAGAUAGUUAGUGAUGGCGCUUCCAAAGAAACAGCUUUAGAAAAAAAAUUAAUCGCGAUGGAAGAAGAGUGGAAGGAUUUGUACUUUAAUCUUUUGCCUUACAGAGAUUCUGGAACUUACAUUAUAUCAGGAGUGGAUGAUGUGCAGCUGUUACUCGAUGAUCACAUACUAAAAACUGCAACAAUGAAAAAUUCACCAUUUAUAAAACCAUUUGAAGAAAAUAUCAAAAAUUGGGAAGGAAAAUUACAGCUAUUGAACGAUAUAUUAGACUACUGGAUAAAAGUACAACUAACUUGGAUGUAUCUAGAACCGAUAUUUUCUUCCCCAGAUAUACAAACUCAAAUGCCUGAAGAAUCGAGAAAAUUUAAUGCUGUUGAUAAAGUCUGGAGGGAUAUGAUUAAAGAAGCACAAAAAAUAAAAAAAGUUAUAUUGGCUAUAAACAUCGAUAAGCUUUUAGAGAAAUUAAAGAAAAACAAUAAUUUAUUGGAAUUAAUUCAAAAAGGUUUAAACGAUUAUUUAGAAAAAAAACGAUUGUAUUUUCCAAGAUUUUUUUUUCUAUCAAACGAUGAACUUCUUGAAAUUUUAUCUGAAACUAAGGACCCAACGCGGGUACAACCACAUUUGAAAAAGUGUUUUGAAGGAAUUUCCAAGUUAAAAUUUACAGUAGAUCUAGAUGUAAUUAGUAUGAUGUCUAGUGAAGAAGAGGUUGUAAAUUUAUCUCUAACCGUGGACACUGCAAAAACUAGAGGUCAAGUAGAAAAAUGGCUUGUGGAUUUGGAAAUAUCCAUGAAAUUGACUGUACGUGAAAUAAUUGAAAAUGCGUUAGUGGCUUAUAAAAAUACUGAAAGACAUGAGUGGGUUGUUCAAUGGCCUGGGCAAGCUGUUUUGGCUGUUUCUUGUACACAUUGGACAUCCGAGGUCACACAAGCUAUAUUACACUAUCCUAGAGGAUUACCUCGGUAUUUGCUUAAGUGCAAUAAUCAAAUAGAAAAAAUAGUCAAAUUAGUUCAAGGAGUUUUACCUCUUCAAACUCGAUUAACUUUAGGAGCUUUAGUUGUAAUGGAUGUUCAUGCAAAAGAUGUUGUAGAAGAAAUGUCAAGGAAAGAAGUUCAUAAAACAAACGAUUUUAAUUGGCUUUGUCAACUUCGUUAUUAUUGGAUGGAAAACAAUUUGGAUGCAUUUAUGAUAAAUGCCUCUUUAAGAUAUGGUUACGAAUACCUUGGUAAUUCACCAAGACUUGUAAUAACUCCUCUUACUGAUCGUUGUUAUCGUACUUUAUUUUGUGCUUUACAAUUAAACUUGGGGGGUGCACCAGAAGGACCUGCUGGUACUGGUAAAACAGAAACUACUAAAGAUUUAGCAAAAGCUAUAUCCAAACAAUGCGUGGUAUUUAAUUGUUCGGAUAGUAUGGAUUACAUUGGUUUGGGAAAGUUUUUCAAAGGCCUAUUAUCUUGUGGUGCUUGGGCUUGUUUCGAUGAAUUCAAUCGUAUUGAUUUAGAAGUAUUAUCAGUCGUCGCUCAACAAAUACUAACUAUUCAACGGAGUAUACAAGCAGGACUAAUAAAAAUACACUUUGAGGGUUCAUCAUUAAUAUUAGAUAAAACAUGCGCAGUUUUUAUAACCAUGAACCCUGGGUAUGCUGGACGUUCAGAAUUGCCAGAUAAUUUGAAAGCAUUAUUUCGUUCAGUAGCAAUGAUGGUACCAGAUUAUACACUUAUAUCUGAAAUAGUUUUAUACUCUCAGGGAUUUAAUUUAGCUCGAUCAUUAUCUAUAAAAAUAGUUGCAAUUUAUAAACUAUGCUCUGAACAGCUAUCUUCUCAGAAUCAUUAUGACUAUGGAAUGAGAGCUGUAAAAACUGUUUUAACUGCUGUUGGUAAUUUAAAAUUAAAAUAUCCUAAAGAAGACGAAAAUAUACUUAUUUUGAGGUCUAUUAACGAUGUAAACUUACCGAAAUUUCUAAAAGAUGAUAUUCCUUUAUUUAAAGGCUUGAUAUCAGAUUUAUUUCCCGGGAUUGUUUUACCACAGUCAGAUUAUAAUAUAUUGAAUACAUGUAUUGAAGAAUCAUGUGAAAAAUUAAAUCUUCAGUGCACACCAUACUUUUUAGAAAAAAUACAGCAAAUUUAUGAAAUGAUGAUUGUUAGGCAUGGUUUUAUGAUAGUCGGAUUGCCGUUCAGUGGAAAAACUUCUGCAUAUAAAGCGCUGGCUGAUGCACUAUCAAUCAUCGAAGCAAAGAAAUUGAUGGAUGAACAUAAAGUAGAAAUUAUGGUUAUUAAUCCUAAGUCAAUAACUUUGGGUCAAUUAUAUGGACAAUUUGAUAUGGUUUCACAUGAAUGGUCUGAUGGUAUUUUAGCUGUCGGAUUCAGACAAUUUGCUUCAUCCGAAAAUUCUAACAGAAAAUGGCUAUUAUUUGAUGGCCCAGUUGAUGCUAUAUGGAUUGAGAGCAUGAAUACUGUACUUGAUGAUAAUAAAAAACUUUGUUUAAUAUCUGGAGAGAUAAUCCAACUUGCCAAUACAACUAAUUUAAUAUUUGAACCAAUGGAUUUAGACGUAGCAUCUCCGGCAACGGUAUCAAGGUGUGGAAUGAUUUUUAUGGAACCAAUAUCAUUAGGUUGGGAAUGUCUUGUACAGUCAUGGAUUAAGCAGUUAUCUUCUUAUAUAAAUUCCCAUUAUAAACAAAUUUUACAAUCAAUUAUUUUAAGAUUUUCUUAUCCAAUCUUAUAUUUUUUAAAACGAUGCAAUAUUACAGAGAUUUUCCCUUCCAGCGAUUCAAAUCUCAUUAAAUCAUUAAUAAAUAUGUGUGAUUCAUUCAUGGAUUUAUACAGUAAUCAAGAAUAUAUGAAAACUAUUCCACAAUCUGAUUUUAGAGCUCAAUUAGAAGGUAUAUUUUUCUUUUCAUGUAUUUGGUCAAUGGGAUCAACUCUUGAUGCACAAAGUAGAGUAAAAUUCAAUAUUUUGUUUCGUGCAUUAUUGGAAAAUAAAUUUCCUAAAAAAGUCGCCCGAGCUCUUAAAUUACCUAUUGAAUUAUGUCCUUCACCCAAAAAGCCAUACACUAAUUUUCCACCAAAAGAAUACUUGGUCUUUGACUACAGAUAUGUACUAGAAGGACAGGGUAAAGGCGAAUGGAAAUUGUGGUCAGAUUACGUGGCAGAAGCACCACCUAUACCUCAAGGUAUACCUUUCAACGAAAUUAUAGUACCAACAAUUGAUGUGAUAAGACAUCAAGUGAUUUUGUCUAUGAUGAUUGCUCAUAAUAAGCCGAUGAUGACUGUGGGAAAAACUGGAACUGGGAAAUCGACAUAUACUAUGAAUUAUCUAUUUACAAAAAUUGAUAAAACUUCAAAUCUAUCAUCAUUUAUCAACUUCUCAGCACACACAUCAGCUAAUUCAACACAAGAUAUAAUAAUGAACAAGCUCAUUAAGAGAAGGCGAGGCAUUUUUGGUCCACCUGUUGGUACAAAAUGUAUAAUUUUUAUUGAUGAUGUUAGUAUGCCUCAAAAAGAGUAUUAUGGUGCUCAGCCACCCAUUGAACUUUUACGACAAUUUUUGGAUAAUUUUCCAUGGUAUGAUCGAAAAGAUCUUGUUCCAAUGGCCCUUCAGGAUGUAUUAUUACUUUGUGCCAUGGGUCCACCAUCUACUGGGAAUUUAGUCUCGCCCAGAUUUAGUCGACACUUUAAUAUUUAUGUUAUUAAUGAAUUUGAUGAUACAACAAUGGUAUCAAUAUUUAGUAAAAUAUUGCUGUGGCAUUUAGAUACAAGAGGUUUUAGCAGAGAGUUUGAUUCAUGCAUGCAUCAAUUAGUCAGCUCAACGUUAGAAAUUCACAAACAUAGUAUUAACCAUCUACUUCCAACACCUACUAAAUCACAUUAUUUAUUUAAUUUAAGAGAUUUUUCAAAAGUUAUUCAGGGAGUUAUGUUUUCUGUACCUGAAACUAUAGAAGACGCAAUUUCUAUGAAACGACUGUGGAUUCAUGAAAUUCUUAGAGUUUAUUAUGAUCGAUUAGUUGAUGAUUCUGAUCGUUCGUGGUUUUUCGAUAACCUUCAUUCAAUUUGCAAAGAGUUCCUAAAUGAAAAUAUUAAUGAUAUAUUCGUUCAUUUGAUUAAUGAGCAAAGUGAAACUGUAGGUCAAAACGAAUUACGACAGCUCAUCUAUUGUGAUUUUUCCAAUCCAAAAGCUGAUACAAGAAAUUAUAUGGAAGUACACAAUCUUAAUAAUCUUCGAGUGAUCGUUGAAGGAUAUUUAAAUGAAUUUAAUAACAUGAGCAAAAAACCAAUGCAUCUAGUUUUGUUUAGAUUUGCUAUAGAACAUCUUUCAAGAAUUUGUCGAAUUUUUAAGCAACCUCGAGGACAUGCAUUACUUGUUGGUCUGGGAGGAUCAGGCCGUCAAUCAUUAGUGAGACUCGCUGCUCAUAUAUCAGAAUAUGAUUUGUUUCAGGUACAAAUGACACGUGCAUACGGAACAAAUGAAUGGCAUGAAGAUUUGAAAUUAAUAUUAAAGCGUGCAGUUGCUUCUUUAGACCAGCAUGUCGUAUUUUUGUUCAACGAUUCUGAAAUUAAAAGGGAAGGAAUGGUGGAAGACAUGCAUAACUUAUUAAACUCCGGUGAAGUUCCAAAUCUGUUUGUAAUGGACGAGAAGAUAGAAUUGUGCGAAAAAAUACGUUUGAUAGAUAAACAACGAGACAAAUCUUUACAAACUGAUGGUAGUAUGACAGCUGUGUUUAACUACUUCAUUCAAAUUGUGAAAGAACAACUUCAUAUAGCAUUGGCUUUUAGUCCUAUUGGGAACGGGUUUCGUACACGAAUAAGAAAAUUUCCUUCUCUAGUGCAAUGCUGUACAAUUGAUUGGUUUCAGAAUUGGCCAGAAGAUGCUUUACUGGCUGUAGCAAAAAAUUUCUUAGAUGCAAUUGAUUUAACCGAACAUGAAAGAAAUGUUUGUGUCAAUAUGUGUCAAAAGUUUCAUACUUCAACUCAAGAUAUAUCUAUUGAAUUCGAUAUUAGACUUCAACGUAAAACUUAUAUUACACCCACAUCAUACUUAGAAUUAAUGUCUACUUUUAAAGAUCUAUUGGGAAAAAAAAGACAAGAAAUAAUAAUGGUUAAACGUCGAUAUGAAGUGGGGUUGGAAAAAUUGCAAGCUGCUGCAGAUGAAAUAUCUAUCAUGCAAGAAGAACUAAAAGAUUUGCAACCUAAAAUUUCGGUAGCCACAGAAGAAGUUAAAGUUAUAAUGCAACAAGUUGAAAAAGAAAAUCAAGAAAUUUCUAAAGUAAAACAGAUUAUAAAAAAAGAUGAAGAACAAGCACAGGAAACAGCAGAUGAAGCUCAAAAUAUAAAAAUUGAAUGUGAUGCUCAUAUGGAAGCAGCAAGGCCAGCAUUAAAUGCUGCUUUAGCAGCACUUAAUACAUUAACUUCUAAUGAUAUAACAUUUGUAAAAUCAAUGAAGAAUCCACCGAAACCUGUAAAAUUAGUCAUGGAAGCUAUUUGUAUAAUAAAAGAUGUGAAACCUGAUAAAAUACCAGAUCCAACAACUGGAAAGACAACAGAAGAUUAUUGGCCGGCGUCGAAAAAACUUCUUAAUGACAUAAAGUUUUUAGACCAUUUGAUACAAUUUGAUAAAGAUAACAUUCCCUCUAAAAUAAUGAAAGUCAUCAAUGAAAAAUACUUGACAAAUCCGGAAUUUGAUCCAGAAAAAGUAAAAAAUGCUUCAAUAGCCGCCCAAGGUUUAUGUAAAUGGGUGAUCGCUAUGUCAAGUUACGAUGUUGUAGCAAAAGAAAUUGGGCCAAAAAAAAUUGCACUGGCUGAAGCUGAAACAGUAUAUAAUAAAGCUAUGGGUGCAUUAAAUGAGAAACGUGACCAACUUGCUGAGGUCGAAAAAAAAAUGAAAGUCGUUCAAGAUGACCUCGAAGAAAAUGAACGUAAAAUGAAAUCGUUUCAAGAUGAAGCUACUGCUGUUCAAACAAAACUUCAACGAGCUGAAGAUUUAAUUGGUGGAUUAGGUGGUGAGAAACAACGAUGGGGGCAAAUAGCAAUAGAUCUUGGAAAGUCUUAUUUAAAUCUUACAGGAAAUAUAUUGAUAAGUUCUGGUAUCAUUGCUUACUUGGGUCCAUUCACAAUGGAUUUUCGUAACAUACUAAUACAACAAUGGGUUCGAGAUAUUAUAAGUGAUAACUUAGUAUGUUCUGAAAAUUUUCAACUAUGUUCAGUAUUGGGAAAUCCGGUAGAUAUUAGAGCAUGGAACAUAGCAGGACUUCCAACAGACUCGUUUUCGACCGAUAACGGAAUCAUUGUUUUAAAUUCUAGACGGUCAGCACUUAUGAUUGAUCCUCAAAACCAAGCAAAUAAAUGGAUAAGAAAUUUGGAAAUGGAUAAUUCAUUAAGUAUUGUACGCUUUAGUACUCCAAAUUAUUUGAAAAUAUUAGAACAUGCUAUUACUAAUGGAAACCCAGUAUUGCUAGAAAAUAUUUACGAAGAACUAGAUCCAUUAUUAGAUCCUAUAUUAUUAACUCAAAUAUUUAUAAGCGGAGGCACGUAUUGUUUGAAAUUGGGAGAUACAAUUGUUGAGUAUAAUGAUCGAUUCCGGUUUUAUAUUACAACAAAACUUAGAAAUCCUCACUACUUACCUGAUAUAGCAGUCAAAGUAACUCUUUUGAACUUUAUGAUAACAUCAGAUGGGUUAGAAGAUCAAUUACUAGGUGUUGUUGUUGCAAAAGAUCGACCUGACUUAGAGGCAGAAAAAAAUCAGCUAAUAGUACAAGGCGCUGAAAACGCCAGAACAUUAAAAAAUAUUGAAGAUAAAAUUUUGCAAGUAUUAAGUUCUUCUGAGGGAAAUAUUUUAGAAGAUGAAGAAGCCGUUAAUAUAUUAAGUUCGUCCAAAGUUCUUGCCAAUGAAAUUGAAGUUAAACAGACUGAAGCUGAAAUUACUGAACGAACUAUUGAUAAAACAAGGCGUCAAUACCAAACUGUUGCCAUAUAUUCUACUAAAUUAUUUUUUGCUAUUGAUUCUUUGACUAACAUUGAUCCUAUGUAUCAAUAUUCAUUGACAUGGUUCAUACAUUUAUUUAUUACGGCUAUAGAAGAUAGUCCCAAACGCGAUAAAAUUGAAGAACGUACCGAAGUACUGAAAAAGUAUUUUACUUAUUCGUUAUAUGUCAAUAUAUGCAGAAGUUUAUUUGAAAAAGAUAAACUAUUAUUUUCGUUGGUAAUAGCUGUUAGAUUAUCUACAGAAAUCAAUCCAGAGGAGUGGCUUUUUUUCUUGACUGGUGGAGUAAACUUAGACAACCCCAUUACAAAUAAGAUAAGUUGGUUACAAGAUUCAAAUUGGGAUGAACUCUGCAGAGUUGAUAACCUACCAAAGUUCAAAGGUAUAAGAGCUAAUUUUGAGAAUAAUGAAGAUGAAUGGAAACAUAUUUACGAUUCACCUGUACCAUAUCUGACUAAUUUUCCGGAACCUUGGAACACAAAUUUAAAUUAUUUUCAAAAAUGUAUAAUUUUGCGAAUCAUUAGAUAUGACAAAAUAUUACCAGCAGUUCAAUACUUUAUAACGAAUGAAUCUAUUUUGGAAAAUAAAUUUAUUGAACCUCCACCAUUUGAUUUAUUUUCAUCCUUUGGUAAUUCGAACUGUGCGACACCUUUAGUAUUCAUAUUAACUCCAGGUGCUGAUCCAACUACAAUGUUACUCAAAUUUGCUGACAAAAUGGGCUUUGGGUCGCGCUUAACAUCUUUGUCUUUGGGUCAAGGCCAAGGCCCUAUAGCUUCUCGAUUAAUUGAAGAAGCAACAAGAACGGGUGACUGGGUAUUGUUACAAAAUUGUCAUUUAGCUAAAAGCUGGAUGUCUGACCUUGAAAAGACAUGUGAAAAUUUUUCUGUAGAACAUAUUAAUUCAGAAUUUAGACUUUGGUUGACAUCUUAUCCUGUGGAAUAUUUCCCCGUGUCAGUACUUCAAAAUAGCAUUAAAAUGACUAAUGAACCGCCAAAAGGACUCCGAGCUAAUAUAUACAGAUCAUUUACAAGCGAUCCAAUUGCAAACGAAGAAUUUUUUGAGGGCUGUAAACAAAGUGGAAAUUUUAAGAAACUGAUUUUCAGUUUGUGUUUCUUUCACGCUUUAGUUCAAGAACGCCGCAAUUACGGGUCGAUCGGAUGGAAUCGAAUGUAUGAAUUUAACGAAACUGAUCUCAGGAUUAGUGUUCUACAGUUACAAAAAUUCUUAAACGAAUAUCCAAACGUUCAAUUUGAUGCCUUACGGUAUCUUACUGGUGAAUGCAACUACGGCGGGCGUGUAACGGACGAUUGGGACCGUCGUUGCUUGAUUACAUGUCUAAACAAGUUUUAUUCUAAGUCUGUUAUUAAGAAAAAAAAUUUUAACUUUGAUAAAUCUGGAAUUUAUCACUGCCCUGAUUUAAAAGAGUAUGAUCAAUUCUUAGAGCGAAUUCAAGGAUUGCCAUUAGUUACAAAACCUAGUAUUUUUGGCCUGCAUGAGAAUGCGGAUCUCAUAAAAGAAAGACAAGAAACUGAAAUACUUCUCGAUUCCGUUCUUAAAACACAAGACCGAGUUGAUUUAUGGAACAAAUAUAAACUAAGUUAUGGUUCCAUAACUUCGGGUGAAGAAGGUAAAUCAUCUGAAGAACUAGUUUUAGCAUUUGCCACGGAUAUACUAAGUAAAUUACCCAUAAAUUUCGAUAUUGUGCUGGCUCUUGAAAAAUAUCCAACUUCUUACAACCAGUCAAUGAAUACAGUUUUGGUACAAGAAAUGGGUCGAUUUAAUAAACUAUUGGACGUUAUUAAAUUUAGUUUAACUAAUAUACAAAGAGCUGUUAAAGGUUUAAUAUUAAUGUCCAACGAAUUAGAAGAAGUAUAUCACAGUAUUUUAAUAAACAAAAUCCCGUUUAUUUGGGCAAAUAGUUCAUAUCCAUCAUUAAAACCAUUGGGAAGUUAUAUAAAAGAUUUAUUGCAACGAUUGUCUUUUUUACAGAAAUGGUACAUCCAUGGUACUCCAAAUUCAUUUUGGAUUUCUGGGUUUUAUUUUACACAAGCGUUUUUGACAGGAGCUCAACAAAAUUUUGCAAGAAAAUUCAAAAUACCUAUAGACUUAUUGACUUUUGAUUUUAAGAUAAUGGACAAAAAAAUCGUCAUUAACUCAACUCCUGAAAAUGGAGUUUAUGUUUAUGGUCUUUUUUUGGACGGAGCAAGAUGGAGCAAUAAAAAAUCAAGUCUCAAAGAGUCUAAACCAAAACAACUGUAUGACAAAAUGCCUAUAAUUCAUAUGACACCAAUAGAAAAAGAAAAUUUAAAGCUAAACACAGUUUAUUUGUGUCCCAUGUAUAAAACAGCCGAAAGAAAAGGCACAUUAUCUACAACAGGACAUUCCACAAACUUUGUUAUUGCUUUAUGGAUACCAUCAACAACAAAACAGCCAGAACAUUGGAUACUGAGAGGCGUUGCUUUAUUAUGCCAACUAUCACAAUAAUGUAAAUUCAUAGAUUUAUAUUUGAAGUGUUAAUUUUUUAAAUAUAAUCAAAAACAACUAUCAAUUGUGAUAGAACUAAAAGAUAUUUAAAAAAUGAUUAUUAACUAAGAAAACUUACGUAAAAAAAAAAUUAGUUUGAAAAACUUAAA